GUUUUGAACCUGUGGGUGGUAGCCAGACAAGUAGGGAACCUAAACCAUCCAGCAGUUCGGAAUCUGCUAGCACCAAACAGCAUGCGGAGGUAAAAGUUGAACCAGUUCAGCAACAACAAGUGCCAGAUAGUGGUCCACCUGUAGAACCUGAUAAACCUUUGUUGAAGAAAGUAUCCGUUGAGUUAAUCAAGGACUCAGCUAAAGUGUUAUUCUGGGAGGUGAUAGAUGAACUAUGUACUGGUAUCGGACGGGAAGUGAAACUAGAGGUAGACACCAAACUACAGUUCUCCGUAGAUUGUCUAGAAUCAAUAGUUGGAACUACACUAAAGGAAGAUAUGAGGACAAUAUGUGAGGAAACAUUUGACGAGGCUCAGGAAGCUAAACGUAAAGCGUUACAGUUAGAGAAGGAGUUAAGACAAGAUAGAGUGGCGGAACAGAUCACUGAUGACAUGGUUAGUGAUCUCGUACAUCAAGAGGCAUUAAACCUGGCUACCAUUGAAAUGAGAGAGGUGAAAGCCGAGUUAAAGAGACAGUGUAUAGAGAGAGUUACUGUAGAUGUCAAUAAAGAUCUUGUUGAUGAAGUAAUGAAGGAAAUGGUUAUUGAUGUAUCAGAGGAAGUGUAUGAUAUAGAUGUUAUACAAAGACUUAAACAGCUUGAUGACUUUGAGAAGUUAGUCAAACUGAGCAGGGCUGGCAGAUUUUGGCAUAAAUGGAAGAAAGAAUAUAAGGCAGUGACUAAGUUAAAGCGUGCGAUGGAGGAAUUCCCGUGCGCACCAAACAUGCAAAGUAAUCAGGAACAGCUGAAACAACUGCUCUGUGUUGAUGAUGAGAGAAUUAUUGAUAAGAAAUUCUAUGUGAAUAAGAGAGCUAAGCUAACAAUAGAGACACCGUUAGAGAUAGAGAAACGGAGGAAGGAAACAGAGACACGGGCUCUCGUGCAUCGUUUAUACAGAAAUCUUCUUCAUCAGACUGCAUGGUCGCCGCUUGAUCUCAGUCGUAUUAUUGGCCAAGAAUUGAGAAGAAAGUACAAACCUGGUCAACAGUCAAACACGUUGAAAACAAGCAAAUUAUUUUGGAAGUUGUUGUUGUGUUUACCCGAUGUUGAUGACAGUAGAGCCAGCAGCCAAUCAGAGGCAGCCACAUAUAAUCUGUGUAAAUGGCUGAAAGUGAGGCUCUCUAAAGGUCCUGUACCAACUUCUCAACGUGAUGUUAAGGGAGAAGUUUUGAGUUUAUACAAGUGUCAUAUGUCACAGAGCUCCAGCUAUAAACCAAUGAGUGUGAAUGUAUGUGUGAGGACAGUAGAAGGUCAGUUAGAAGAUGAUGAUAUAGCUAUAAUAGAGGAGAAUACACUCUUCCUGGGAACCAGUGCACUAUUGUUUCUACUACCUGCUGGUGCCCCUUUCAACAAGUCAGAUUCUGUAAGGUACGAUACAUAUUGGACAGCGCAACACUUCAGAUUAAAGGCAAUCCUUGAUGUGAAACCUAGAUAUCAGGCAUUCCCAUUGGUUGUUGUGCUUCCAGUGUCAGCCAAUCAGAUCGUGUCUCUUAUACAGAUAGUUGAAUAUUUAUCAUUAGAGGAGUUUCUGGAUGAGGAAUUAUUGAGUGAUGUAGAACUGGUAACAUAUCAGCUCAACGAGAAUAGACCAGAUGCCAUAGAUCUCACUGAUCCUAAAAUAAGUGAAGAGUUAUGUGAAGGUAUACAGUGGUUGGCAAGGAAAACUAGGCCGGCCCCCAGCCUUACCGUACAAUAUUUCAAGGACGUUGUUGACUUGACCCUACAUAAACAUUACUAUACACCAGUACAACAUAACUUGAAGAAGAGGAAAGAUUUAAACAGACUUGAUAAGGAUGCGAACAGUUUACUGUUGUUAUAUAACACAGUUAUCUCCCAUCUCGUCGAAGUUCUAACAUCUGACACAUUAUACAAGGUGUCCUGGCCAGUCGCUGAGUUUACCAGUAAUCUUACUACAGAUUUGCCUCCAAAUCACUGGAACAAGGGAGAUCACCUGGAAUAUUUGUUCAACAUAGUUGACUCCCUUAGAUUACCAAAACUUGAGUUUGAAAACCCAGAUAAUGAUGAAUGGUUUGAAAUAAAGAGAGAUCUGUGGAAAUUUGUGUCAUCAUUUGCUGGUAGAGAUUAUAGUGGAGCCAGAAUUAAAUUGUUUUCCAGAUUGAAGAAUUUGAUACAUAAAUUAGAAGUUGACUUUGGCGGAGGCGUGUUAUUUCCAGUUUGGAGAGUCUGAUUGUCAGCCGACAUUCUACAAUGUUCCAUGGAGUACAGUUAUCUCCCUUUGUAUAGAUUAUAAACUAGACAGUGUAGAUCUGAUCGAUCCAGAUUCACAAAAUCCACAGG